AUGGGUUGCCAGCACUCUGGGCUGGUGCGGGAGAAGGAUCGUGUCUUCGGCGCCAACGGCCUCCACGUGGGUCGUCACGGCGACGUUGAUCUCACCGCCCGCUCCAUGGAUGUCUUUGGCCUGCGGUUUGUUGAACUCAUCCGCCGCGAUGGACUGCACACCGCCCGAAGACUGCAUCUCUCCGAGAAUAAACUCUACACACUCGGAAAGGAAAUGACACGACUGCCAGAGAUUGAGGAACUUUACAUCAACGCCAACCGCUUUGAACGACUACCAGUGGUAUUGGGGGAAAUGCCAAAUCUAAAACUUUUAAACGCUAGUAUGAAUCCACUUGGACACCAAACACGGCCAUUAGAUGUCCUUCCGCGUAUUCCAUCGCUUACAACUCUUGUACUGCGGGACUGCUCACUCACCGCCAUCCCACUACCAUUACUUAAUUGUGCACAUCUACAGGAAUUGGAUCUUUCCGAUAAUAUUAAUCUUCAAUUAGGCGGGGUGCAGUUUGGAAGAUUAACAGAACUGCGCCGUCUUUUGAUUGCGAAUUGUGGUCUCAUGGGUGAAUUACCCGCUGGAGUGAAGGAUAUCCCAACACUGGAGGCACUUGAUAUAUCUGCAAAUUUCUUUGACUUUGAGGAUUCUUCAUUUUUUGGGAAGAAAAUACCACUUACUCUAACAGAAUUGCAUCUCCGAGGUAUGCAACUAAAAUCCGUUCCACAAGUAAUUGUUUCAUUGCGUAAAUUAUCAUAUCUUGAUCUUGCAGAAAAUUCAUUGGAAACACUUGACGUUCUUGCUGGACGACUUGUACGUAAACUGACAACAUCCCGUAAUACACCUCAAAGUGGACAAACCAAUACUGUUUACAAUAGUGUACCAGACAUGAAUGAUGAUGCUACUAGUAUCGCCUCAUAUGGUAGUACUCGUGUAAGUAUGGGUCAGGUAAGUCGUGCUGGAUGUAUUGCCUUUGUUCCUCAACCUAUUCCAUUAAAGAAACUUUCACUUCGUGCCUGUGAUCUUCGAACUUUACCAAAAUAUUUUCAUAAAUUAACAAAUUUAGUUGACAUUGACUUGAGUGAGAAUGAACACUUGGAUGAUCCAAAUAUGACACUCUUUUCUUUUGCUAGUCUUCAAGUACUUAAUAUUGUUGGAUGUCCAUUUGCAGAAAACAUCCGCAAUGCUCGUAAUGAAUGGUUUGAUAUUGCUAAAUUGCGCAAUUUACAUACCAUUAAUUGGGAAGUGUGGAAAGGUGUACAUAACAUGAGUCCCUAUCGCACUAAAGUUCCUAUUGAAAUUUGUGGACUCAAUCUACGUCACGUAAAUGGAAUAGCACUUAGACCAGGACUUUUUGUUGGUGAUACUGUUCAAACAACUAUUAAUUUGCUACUGGAUGGAUAUUUUAAAGUGGAUCUUGCUCUUGAUAACGAUCUUGUUUAUAGUUAUGCCGAAGCUGUACACGCAUUACAACCGCUUGAGCCAUUUUUUUUCUCACACAAAAAAAAUGAAGAUAAUUCUAUGCUUGGUGGUGGUAGUACUAGCAAGUCUGUCAAGAAUCAAACUAAUAAUAGUAAUAAUGAUAAUACUAAAAAGAAAAAUUUAUGUUGCACUCCUCAGAAAUCGGGGCUACACGUAAACUCAGAUGUGCUUCAGAUUGUAAUUAAUCGUUAUAUCUUUUUUCUGACAAUGCAGGCGGCAAAUUACAAUGUUGUUAUUAUCCCACCAGCGGAUGUAAUGGCCCUUCACUAUGCUCAAAUGACACAAGAUCCACUUGGUUACCGUAGUGAUUGCGAAGCGAUUUGUGGUCAGGUGUUAAGUUGCAACUACCGACUCUUUUUCUUAGAACAGAAAGUCCGUCCGCAUGGAGUAAAGGAGGCAAUGGUGGGAAGUAGACGUGUGUGGAAUAUGAUGGUACGUACAGCACAGAAAGAUUUACAAUGGUUGCGAUAUGAUUUUUGGGAAAGACGUGUAAAACGACGGGGUGUACAAGAAGAUACAACAAGUUCUGCUGGUGAUUUUACGAAUCCAGCUGCUAGUUAUAAUACUGUUAGUGCUCCUGCUGAUGGUAAUACUAAUAAUACUAAUACUGCAGCUGCAGCUGGUGCUGAUGGUAAUAAUACUACUGCUACUACUACUACAGCUGCAGCAGGUGCUGAUGGUAAUAAUAAUAAUAAUAAUAAUAAUAAUAAUAAUAAUAAUAAUAAUAAUAAUAAUACGACUACUACUGGGAUAGAAGUAUCUUCAGCACCUGCUGCACCACCCACUGAAGAUUUAGACACAACUGGUUUACAUCAAAUGAACACCAAUGCAGAUCUUCGAUCGGUGCUUGAUCUCUCUAUUACGGCACAUUUUAUGGAACAGGGUUCUGACCGCUUUGCGCAAUCGUUAAGAGGAUUUUUUCAUGUAAAUAAAUAUUUUCUUGAUCACGAGAGUGAACUACGGGAACUCAAUAUGGACUGGACCCGCUAUGUCAAGUAUCUCGCUCUCUAUGCUCAAAUUCAACGUCUUAAAAGACCAGAUCAACUAGAUGGAAAUACUUUAAAAACCGAGGAUGAAUUACAAAAUAACUCCCUUAUCACAUCGGAUGAUUAUUUACCACGUCCAUUAACAAAAGAAGUAUUAGCCCCUUUAGCUCCACGACGAACAGGAUCUGUUUUAAGCCGAGUUGUCAAUAAUUCCUCUAUAAAUGCUGGAAAUGGUAGUCUUCCCACAGGUGUUGCCCCUCCUCCUUAUGGAGGAGGACAAGGAUUAACAAAUGUAUCUCGACGUCCCUCUUAUUUUGGACGAAAUGGUGAAAAUACGGGUCGUCGUCGUGGAGGAGGCGGUGGAGGAAUUGCGGUGAUGCCUACAUUAGAUCCGGUUCCCACUAUUGGGAUUACAUUACUCUUAUAUACACAUCGUACCUCUCAUACAAAGUACUAUCAAACACUAAUGUUACUGGGUCUUGAAAAUAUUGAUGUUUCCUGGGAAAAUACAGUGGAAUCUGUGGAUGCGACGAUGAAGGCAUGGGAAAUACUUUAUAAUGAGAAGUAUGUGGAAAGACGAAAUUCCGCAUUUUUUGUAUUUGAUCAUUUGGAAUAUGAAAAACAACAUUCACUAGAGAAGUUGCGACAACAAUCCUCAGCCUCAUUAGGUGAUAAAUCUGUAGAUACAUCACAUCGUAGCACUGCAAGUUCUUUGAGACGCAGCGGCUCUAAACGAUCGAUGCGGCAUGUACGACAAGUCACUCUUUGCUGUGCGGAUACGGAGUAUGGGAUUUUCUAA